GUGAUAGUAAUACAGUUAUGACAAACCAGACAAAAAUAGAACUAGAGGCCCUUUUUCCCUGGAAGAAAUUAUUCUGUAACCGUUCAAGCCGUGUCGAAGGAAAUGAAAUCGAAAGAAGAAUCUAUAUAUGUCGUGAUCUAGACCCAGUGCUCUCUAUAAUUGAAGAUUUGAAACCUAUGGUUGAUGGUUUAAAUAUUAGUUGGAAAUCAGAUGUCAAUUCCAAACAGGACAAAUAUGAAAUCGUUUGGAUCAGAAACGAUACCAACGAUAGAGACUACAUGACAAUUUAUAACAACAAAAUAAUACUUAGUAAUUUGUAUCCUGGAGCUGGUUAUUUAGUAAAGAUUUACGCCAUAUCCCACGAACUUAAGAGUGAGCCUCAUGAGUAUUUCCAACCAGUGUUUCCAAAACCACCUAGAAAUAUGACCAUAGAAAAAACGACGACAAACUCGGUUAUUGUUCAGUGGCAAGCACCGUUGGAUUCUCUUAUAACCGAGUAUUCUAUCAGAUAUAAAACGGGCAGUGAUAACCAGUGGGUUAGAUUGCCAGCUGUUCAAAAUACUGAAGCAGAAGUAACGGACAUGACUCCUGGAGAGAGAUACACCAUUCAAGUUAACACUGUCAGCUAUGGCUUAGAAAGUAAUGAACCACAACAAUUAAAUCACACAGUAAGACCAAAUCCAGUGUCAAAUAUUGCUCCACUAGUCGACUCCAAUAAUGUAACCUUAGAGUGGCCUCGCCCAGAAGGAAGAGUAGAAACUUACAUUGUGAGAUGGUGGGAGGCUACUACACCUUCUCAAGUUAACAAAAGCACAGUAAGUCAAAAUCAAAAUGGUACAGGACUGGUUAGGUUACUGGUUGGAGAUCUGAUGCCUGGGGAAGAGUAUGUUUUUGACAUACAGGCAAUAUCCAACGACCUGGAAAGCGAUGUUACCGUUUUAAGGACGAGAACUAUGCCUCUCAUACAAUCCGAAGUCGUGGUAGUGAACAAUCACCAGUCUACGGAUUCUAUAAGUUUAAGAUAUACUCCCACGCCACAAACUUCUUCAAAAUUCGACUUAUACAGGUUUUCUUUAUCUGAGACUAAUAUUCCCGAUCAGGAAAAAGCAGCCAAUGAUUCAGAGAGAUUAGUAACGUUUACUGGUUUAAUCCCAGGCAGAUUGUACAAUAUUACCGUUUGGACUGUGUCUCAAGGAGUAACUAGUCAACCGUUGCAAAGACAGGAUAGAUUGUAUCCUGAACCUAUAACUGGUAUCAAUGCGACAUACAUAUCUGAUUCAGAUGUGACACUGACUUGGGCUUUCCCGAGAGGAGAAUAUAACGAAUUUGAGGUGCAAUACAUCAAUUCCGAAGGGGCAUUCAUACAAAACUUAACUUUACAUACUUCAAUAGCCAUCAAUGACUUGAAACCCCAUAGAAAUUACACAUUUACUGUGAUUGUUAGAAGUGGAACCGAGUCAAGCAUACUAAGACGAUCCCUUCCUGUCUCUGAGAGUUUUACAACCAAAGAAUCGGUUCCUGGCAAGGUUGAAAAGUUCGAACCUGUUGAUAUUCAGCCCAGUGAUAUUGUGUUUGAAUGGUCAUUACCCACCUCUGAACAGAACGGAAUAAUUAGAAAGUUUACUAUUACAUAUGGACUAGAAGGUUCGUCACAUGUACUGCAUAGGGAUUUUUCGCCGUAUGAAUUCAGGGGUACCAUCGCAAAAUUACUACCUGGAAAGACGUACCUUUUUAAAAUCCAAGCCGAGACAAAGAUUGGUUUCGGACCGGAAACAAUAUGGAAAGAAAAAAUGCCAAUCCUAGCACCUCCCAAGCCCAGUAUGCAAGUCGUGCCCACAGAAGUAUGUAAGAGUUCAACUUCUAUCCAAAUUAGAUUUAGGAAGAACUAUUUCAGCGAAGCGCAUGGACCAAUUAUGUCUUACGCGAUAAUUGUGGCAGAAGAUGACUCUAAAAACGCAUCGGGUCUGGAGAUGCCUAGUUGGAGAGAUGUUCAAGCCUACUCAGUUUGGCCUCCAUAUCAAGUUAUGGAACCUUAUUAUCCGUUUUUCAAUAGCUCUGUAGAAGAUUUUACAGUUGGGUCUGAGACGUGCGAUAUAAGACAAGUUGGUUAUUGUAAUGGGCCUUUGAAAUCUGGAUCUACAUACAAAGUAAAAAUUAGAGCUUUUACAGCUCCAGACAAAUUUACUGACACCAGUUACAGUUUUCCAAUACAAACAGAUCAAGAUAAUACACCCAUCAUCUUAGGUGUUGUAAUACCUAUCAUUUUGAUCUGUUUCCUGUUCGUCAUGAUCAUCGUCAUAAGGAAAAGACGCUCAGCCGGCAGGAAGGGCAUGGUUGAAUCCAGGACCAACGAUAACAUGUCCAUUCCUGAUUCGGUAAUCGAAACUUCAAGACCUGUUAGGAUCGAUAGUUUUGCCAAUCAUUACAGAAUUAUGGCGGCGGAUUCAGAUUUUAGGUUUAGCGAAGAAUUCGAAGAACUGAAACACGUCGGAAGGGAUCAACCCUGUACAGCUGCCGAUUUACCAUGUAACAGACCCAAGAACCGUUUUACCAAUAUUUUACCAUAUGACCAUUCCCGUUUCAAACUACAACCAGUAGAUGACGAGGAGGGAUCAGAUUACGUCAAUGCUAAUUAUGUACCUGGAUUCAACUCACCAAGAGAAUUCUUAGUUACUCAGGGACCUUUACAUUCCACUAGAGAUGACUUUUGGCGUAUGGUUUGGGAAUCAAAUUCUCGCGCCAUUAUUAUGCUUACAAGAUGUGUCGAAAAAGGUAGGGAAAAAUGUGAUCAUUACUGGCCCUAUGAUACCAUGCCAGUUUAUUAUGGAGACAUAUCAGUCCAGAUAUUAAAUGAGACCAGAUAUCCUGAUUGGAACAUAUCAGAAUUUAUGGUUUGCAGGGGUGAUCAGCAAAGAGUGGUACGACAUUUCCAUUUCAGUACUUGGCCUGAUUUCGGCGUACCGAGUCCUCCCCAUACGUUAGUUAGAUUUGUAAGAGCAUUCCGAGAAAGGGUACCUCCUGAUCAAAGACCUAUUGUGGUUCAUUGCAGCGCUGGCGUUGGAAGAUCCGGAACCUUCAUCUGCUUGGACCGUAUCGUCCAACAAAUUCAAACUUCCGAUUACGUAGAUAUUUUCGGAAUCGUGUACGCCAUGCGCAAAGAGCGCGUGUGGAUGGUGCAAACCGAGCAGCAGUACAUUUGCAUCCACCAGUGCCUGCUGGCAGUACUGGAAGGAAAAGAGAUGACGGGUCCGCCCAGAGAGAUACACGAAAAUCAGGGAUUCGAAGACAUGGUGUGGCACAUAUUUAGUCAGUGUAAAUCGCUGCUUCUCUGCGGAGGCGCCGGCGCGGGGAAGAGCGUCGCAGUGGCCGGCGUCAAGCCGGUCGCCGACCUGCCUCAGCUGGGCUCGCCGCCCAACGGGAAGGAGAAGGAGAGGUAGCUUAGCGGGUGGUUGGCUACUACUACUGCACUUAACAGACUAUUUUCUGUCUUAUACACGGCUCGAGGGCUUCAUAAAUUUGGCAAGGAUGACGAAGGUAUAGCUGAAUCAGGGAUGUGAUCUAAUCGCACUAGCCAAGUUUGUUAAGAGCCUACCAUUUUUUUUAUAUAUUUGACAUAUAUUCCAUAGAAACCUAUAUAAUGUCUUUUAAUACAACACACUUCAAUAUUUUUGACAGUAGAGCAUUAUAUAACUUCAUUAUCUCGUUUAGAUUAUACGUAGGAAUAUUUUUAAGAUUGCCAAAAUCUUAUAUAAUUUAUUGAAUAUUAGAAACAUUUCGUAUAUUUAGAAUGAAAUUUUCUAGAUAAUUAGUCGUUUUUUUAGAGAUUAUAGUAGAUACUCAUAUAGAUAUGUUUCAAGUCUGUUAUUAUAUUAACUCACAAUACUAUUACCAUAAACUUUUACUCUACUUACUUUACAUACCGGGUACGUCUCAAAAGUGGCUCACCCCCUAUAACUUUUUUAUUUUUUCAGAUAAAACGAGAUUUGGUAUGUUAGAAUAUGCAAUAAAU